AACCGACCCGCAUAAUCGGGUAAUAAAAUACGCGGCAUGGCUGGCUGCCCAGUCUCAGAUUGAGCGUUUCACAGUCACUGCCGCCGCAGCAGCACACAUGCUACGACACAGUUUUGGCGGAUUCUCCGCCACCAAUCCCUUAUUUAUCUCCCCUCUUUUCAAACCCAUUCACUCUAUAUAACAAAACGCUAAAACCAAACCCCUCUCACUCACUCACAAAAUCCCCAAAUCAAACCAAACCAAACCUAGGGUUUCAUCUUCUUCACAAAAUGAAAGCUUCUCUCAAAUUCCGCGACGAACAGAAGAAGCCACUGUUCAGAGCCAAGGUUCCACUCAGCGUCCUCGGCAUGCCGUUCCAAUCCGGCAUCGUCGCCGGCGACUCCAAGGAACUCACACUCAACCUCGCCACAUUCUUCCAAUCUGGCCCUUCCAUCAGAGCCUCUUACCGCCCUAACGACUCCAAAAACCCCUUCUCCGUCGUCGUCAAAACCGGCACCGGACCCUUCGGUUCGCCGCUCUCCGGUUCCAUGCUCAUGAGCUGCGAGUUCAACCUCCUUGCUCGUAGCGGAGGACCACUCUUCAUGCUCCAUUUUAAGCCUCGGUUUGGGGAUUUCACCUUCAAGAAGACACAGUCCUCGAUCUUUGAGAGUGGGGGGUUUGGGUCUGGGUCUGAUGAUGAUGGUUCGAUUGAGGUUGUUGAGAAGCCGGUGAUUGGGUCGUUUUCUGCUGGGAAGGUGCCGAUUUUUGGGAGUGAUUCUCCUGCUGCUGGGGCGAUUGUGAGCGCGUUUUCUGGGAUGGAGGUUGCGGCGAGGACGACGCUUCCGGUGAGGGGACGGGCGGCGGUGAAUUUUCGGUGGGGGGUUAGGGUUCCGGCGGAGGUAAAGGCGAUUGGGAAUAACAGCAGCGGCGCGUUCCAGAGGAUUCCGUUUCUGGUUAUGGAUAAGAUUGGGUUCGAGCUCUUGCCGGAGCUGAAUGGUGAGUUGAAGAAGGGCAAUGGUGGAGCUAGUGAGGGCUCGGGGUUUGUGGCGGGUUCUGAUGUGGCGGAGGCGUGCUUGGCGGUGAAGAGGCAGAUGGAGGUGCUGCAAUUGGAGAACGGGUCGCUGAGGAGCGCUGUGGAGGAUCUCCGGCGAGAAAUCGGGGGUGGAAGGUACAGAAAGAUUGAGAAGAGUGUAGUCAAAGGGAAGAACACUGAUGGGAGAAAGAAUGAGAAGAAAACGGCGCCAGAUUUUAGUGGGUUUCCGGGAAAAUCAUUGGAAUCUGAUGUCGCCGCCACUGGUGCAUGAACCAUGCCUUCAUUUUGCAAUUUUGUUUAUAAAAUCUUUGGGGUUGGGGUCUAAUUGUUUUCUUGUCUGUCAUAGAUUUCAAGUUUCCGUUUUGAAACUGGGACUUUCCUUAUUCAGUGUCACAUAUAUCAUGAUAUAUAAAAAUGUUAUGUUGAUUCUGCUUGGUUA